AUCAGGAGCAAGUCAAGUAUCCAGUUCCUAACAUCAGCGUUGAUUUGGCAGUUAUGUAGGAGGGAGCGAUGCGGUCUGAGCUGGGAGCCGAGUGGAGGCCGCGCAGGGCAGCCCGACGACCGCCCCCGGCCGACGCGGAGCUCACGGACUCUUCAUCGGUGAGUGAAGAAUGGUGCAGUGGUCGAAGGGGAAAGAGGCGGCGACCUGCACUAAAUGCACGAGAGAGAAACAUAAGACGGUUAGAGUCUAAUGAAAGAGAAAGAAUGCGUAUGCACAGUCUAAAUGAUGCCUUCCAGUCCCUCCGAGAAGUGAUACCACACGUGAAGAAAGAAAGGCGAUUGUCUAAAAUAGAAACAUUAACACUAGCCAAGAACUACAUUAUGGCCUUAACAAACGUCAUAUGUGAUAUGCGUGGUGAGACUUGUCCAUACAGUCAGGAGGUGGAGGCACAGGAGGAGAAACCUAUUACUGAAGACUAAACCCCAUUCCAAUCAUUAAACUUGGCCAACAAAUAUAUUGAUAUAUUUUAUGCAUUAGAUAAUGCUUGUAGAGCCUAACUAAUUUAUGUAAUUAGAAUUUAUAAAUUUUAUUAACUGAGGUUAAUUAUAAGUAUUUUGUGAAAUAUGAAAAUAAUUAGUAGCAUGAGUGUUUACUAAAUGAUUUGAUAUAAUGGUGAUUUUUUCUUUCAUCUAAAAUUGCUUUUAGCUUUGUCAAAUUUUGAUAUUUUAUGUUAUUUAAAAAUCUUAUAUUCCAAAUGAAUUUUAGUUGAAGUUAUAAGUGCAAAAGGACAAUUUGAACAAUUAACAAAAGCAUUUGUGAUAAACACUCUGAUAAUUAAAUGUCAAAUGAAAUGUUUUAAUUUAAUGUUUAAUUUAAUUUUAAAGUUAGUUUAUCUAGCUGCUAAGACAUGUAUUAUAUUGGUUCAUUUCUUUUGUUUUAAGUCACUGUCAUUUUAAAAUUAAGCAAUUGUCUUCAAAAAAAAGAAUUUUUCUAAAUAGUUAAAUGUUACUAGAGCUCUUUUUAGAACUUUGUUAUAGGUAUUUAUCCUUUUUAACAAUGGCUGUGUAAAUAAAAAGCUUACUCAAGGAGGAACUAAAAUCCUUGAGUAAUAUUGUAGUUAUAUGUAUGUAUGAAAUAAUGUUUAGAUUUCUAAAUGUAACCUAAGUAUGCUUUCUUGUAAGCAGUAAUGGUGGUGUGUAUGAUAGAUUGAGUUUUCAUCUUAUUUUUAAAAAAAGCUUUGUGAUGUCAUUAGGUAUGUUAACCAAUCUGGUUUUUAGAUUUAAAUUUAAUUAUUCAUUCCAGUUUUAAGAAAUUGAUAGAUUAAAUUUUUUGUUUACAGUUCUUUAAAAGACAAUUAAUUUCACUAGCGUCAAUAACUUGACAGUUGGAUAUUACAUAAUCUGAUUAAUGAAUACAUUUAAAAAAAACCUAAGAAAGAACAGUUAAAGAUGUCAAACUGACUGAGUACAAUUAAACUAGUUAGCACAGAUUUUUAAAAUAAUAUAUUAUUUUUACUGCAUUUUUGUUCUGUUCUAUACAACUUGUUGUACCGUAAGAUGGGGCAACUUUGGGACUGGGUGGAUAACUUAGGGACAGCGAGUUAAAUUUAGUUUGUGGUGAUUCCAUGGUAGAUACACUGUGUUGGUUCAGUCAGCAUGGACAUCGCAUGUACUACGGUACACUACUCUUGAGGCAUAAGGAAAAGUUUCAUGAAAAUAAGAAUUUUGGAAAAAUCAAUAGAAAUAAAUAAAACCUGACUGCAUAGCGU